AUGGAGGAAGCACCAGGACCACAGCAGGUGACACACAAUAGAGUGAGUGAUGUUCAUGUUUGGUCAGAAGCAGAACCCAACGACAGAGAGACCCAGCCCCGCUACGUUACCCCCCCCCAGCCCCCCACAGAGGCCCCUGAAGACCCCGCCUCCUGGAACAGUGAGGUGUGGAGGGAGAAGAGGAUCAGAGGCUAUUGUGGAUCCGCACCUAAGCUCCUGUAA